CCUUCUGUCCUCCGAACCAUCGCGACGAGAGCAAUAAUAGCAGCUCCAAUGGUGGCCGAGGCCAUGGGCGUCUGAGCCGCGCGCCGAGGCCUGCGGGCGCCAUUGAUGAGAGCAGCUGCAGCACCCUUCACGGCCGGACGCGAUGUCCGUUGUGGCUACCGCGGCGGCGGCCGUGGGGCCCGCGCCCGUGGCUCCGUCCGGGAUGUGCGGCGGUGGUGCCGGCGGUGGCGGGGCGAGGAAGAGGAAGGACGUCGUGCACUACCAGGAGGAGGAGGAGGAGGUGGUGGCGGCGGUGCAAGGGGGGCGGCUUGGCGGUGAGGGCCACGGGCUGUUCGUGCUGGAGACGGUGGAGGAAGAGGAGGAAAGGGAGGCCGAGGCUGCCGCCGAGGCGGAAAACGAGCGGUCCUCCAUUGGCCCCGUCUCCGAGGGGGACGAGGAGGAAGGGGAGGAGGUGGAGAGCGCCAGGGAGACGCCGUGGCAGAGGAGGACCAAGAAGACCGGCGGGCUCGCGAGCCUGGACGCCCUCGACGACGCCCUCCCCAUCAAGCGGGGGCUGUCGAGCUUCUUCUCCGGCAAGUCGCGGUCGUUCGCGAACCUGCAGGACGUGGCCGGGGCCGGCACCACCAGCAGCAAGGACGUGCUGGCCAAGCCGGAGAACCCCUUCAACAAGCGCCGCCGGAUCCUGCGGUGCUGCUCCAUCCGGCGGGUCUCCUCCACCUCGCUCACCGCGCUGCCGCCCUUCCUGCCGCCCGAGCCGUCCUUCAACAUCGGCAACGACGGCGUCAUCAACGGCGGCGGUGGCGGCUCCGGCGGCAGUGGCUGAUCAUCAACUGAUCCAGGGACGCCGUACGUGCACCGAUCAAAUUGAUCCAAAAGAGAAAAGACAUGCAUAUGCAUGCAAGUUGCAAGGGAAUUAGUAAUGGAAACAAACUACUAGGGAGGAGACAAGAUGGAUGGAUGGAUGGAUGGAUCCUACUUUGUAGUACUCCGGGAUCUCACUCAUCUCAGCUCACAUCACCAAUGGCCGCAUAGAGCUUAGGUUUUUCUUAAUUCUUUUACUAGCUGCUAGUAGUUGCAUUGACAUGCAAAGAGAGGGAGAGGGAGCACCGAACAUGGUGCAUGUGAUAUCCAUCCUAGCCUACAAGUUAUGCCAGUGUUCUAUCUCAUUGGAGAGAAGAAGCCCGAUUAACCUUUUCAAUGCUAGUAUAGCGCCAAGGUAUGCAUGCAGAUCAAGCAAGUAAGAGCCCCGAUUGAUCAUCGACAUGUGUGUUCUAAGUCGAUCUCUAGGAUGUUUCUUAGCAGUGCAUUGCACAUAUGUAAUAUAAUACAAACUAAUAAUUGAGAGUACUAACAGUUGCCGAGCACCAUAUAUACUUGACCAUAUCUGUGUACUAUGGUUGGUGAAGUGGUGCUAUUGUACAUAAUUUGUGUUCUGAAAAAUACUAUAUC